GACGGUGUUUACACUAUUUACCCGGACGGUUUCGGGAUUCAAGUUUACUGCGAUAUGACGACAGAACUCGGAGGCUGGACGGUAAUUCAACACCGACGAGACAACUCAACCGAUUUCUACAGAACUUGGCAAGAGUACAAACAGGGAUUUGGUGCUCCUCAUGAUAAUCAUUGGAUAGGAAAUGAAGUAAUAUAUCAGUUAAGCAAGAGAAAGAACCAGAGACUGCGAGUCUCUCUUCAGAGUUUCCGUGGCGAGACAGCGUUUGUAGAGUACGAAACAUUUGAGGUCGGGGACGAGGCGAGUAAUUAUAUACUCACUCUGGCUGGGAAUUCUGGAACAGCUGGGGAUGCUAUGAUUCUGAGCGAUGGUAAAGGAUUCACCACGAAAGACCGCGAUAACGACAUCUAUGACGCCAAAAACUGCGCCGAAAAGCACCACGGCGCCUGGUGGUACCACAUGUGUGGCUACUCAAACCUCAAUGGGAAAUACGGCGAUCUUAAUGUGUCUGGAUUUGAGUACAAUAUCUGGUACUUCUGGAAAAAUUAUGAGCCAUUACAAAAGAGUUGGAUGAUGGUAAAAACAAAAAUGUAAAUCAUCAUCAACACGAGUCAGUCAAAAUGGAUUU